AUGGUCACAGCAGUAACAAAUGCAACGGGAAAUUUGGCUGGUGAUAAACUGAGGUGCUUGUACACGAAUGCCCAAAGCCUCAUAUCGGAACUAGACGAACUAAAACUUUGCCUUGCUGAGCUGUCUCCAGAUGUUUUAGCAGUAACUGAGACCUGGCUGUCUGGGAAUAUUAGCGAUAGCCAAGUAGCCUUGCCUGGAUACCAAAUUUAUCGGAGGGACAGGGAACAUCGUCAGGGUGGUGGUAUCGUUGUGUAUGUGAAUGAAGGUAUGGCAGUGUCGGAUAACACCACCAAGUUUGCGUGCAGUACGGAAGCUAUCUGGUUGAUCAUCAAGGCUACCGGUUCCCCGUGUCUCGAUGUCCUCACUGUCUACCGACCACCUAGGACAGACCGAAUCGCCGACAUUCAACUAUUGGAGCAGUUGGAGAAAUUUUCCAGUCGACCUAACAUCAUGAUCAUGGGCGACUUCAACGCACCAGGAACAAACUGGAAUACCCUCCAAGCGUCAAGUCCAAAAUCGGCAUUCGAUUACCGCCUGUUGAGCAAAACAUUAAAUGCGUGCCUCAUACAACAUGUAAUGUUUCCAACGAGAGCACGUGAAGGACAAAGGGCAAACUGCCUGGAUCUGGUCUUUACGAAAACACCAGACAGCAUAGACGAGAUCGCCUCCAUGCCGCCCCUUGGCCGAAGUGACCACGUAGUGCUUAUGUGGGAUUAUUCGUUAUUCUCCAUUUCACAUACUCCAGACCACAGAAGACUUAAUGUUUGGCGGGGCGACUUCAAUCAGAUGAGGGCAGACUUAUCCGGUCUUGACUGGGGCUCAUUGUCUACGGGAAGUGCCAACGAUGACUGGGAGCUGUUCAAGAAUGUCCUUCUGCAGCUCAUCAACAACCACUGCCCACUGACUAGUGUAAGACUGAACAAACGUCCUGGGUGGCUAAAUAGCAACCUUAAGAAAGACAUCAACAGGAAGCACAAAUUGUGGAGAAAAUACUGCGUCACUAGACAAGCUGAAUGCUUCAACAUCUACAAGACACACAGGAACAAACUAAAAAAGCUGAUCAUAAAGACACUGCGGGAAUUCGAGAAGAACUUGCUACAAAAAGCGACGCAGAACACAAAAUUGCUCUACAGCUACCUCCGACGAACUAAAAGGAACAGGCACCAAAUCCCCUUGAUAAAGACUACUGAUGGCGUUGAGAUCGCUGGUAGUAGGGAUAAAGCUGCGUAUUUUUCACGGUUUUUCCAAUCAGUCUACACAAACGAGGCAAGGUUCCUUCCUCCCUCCACAGAAGAACCGCCGACUCCAAGCGUCAGCGAUAUACUUUUCUCAGAAGGCAUUAUCCGAAGAGAAUUAGAGGCAUUGAACGAAUCGAAGUCGCCAGGACCAGACGAGAUUCCAUCCAAGCUUCUCAAGGAACUUGCCACUGAGCUUUCUGAGCCUUUGUCGAUGCUCUUUCAAACGUCAUUUGACACUGGAACACUUCCUAACUAUUGGAAGCUGGCGCAUAUUACUCCGCUACACAAAGGAGGCAACAGGGCAGCGACGACAAAUUACCGGCCCAUAAGCUUGACAUGCAUUCUCUGCAAAGUUAUGGAAAGGAUCAUGGAGAGUGAACUGAUGCAAUUCCUGGAAGUUCACGGCCUGCUAUUGAAAUGCCAACAUGGGUAUCGGAAAGGAAGGUUCUGCAAGAAAAACUUGCUACAAUCUCUCCAGAGCUGCACCCGAGCUCUCGACGACAGGCACGCGGUCCACAUAGCCUUCAUCGACUUACAGAAGGCGUUCGACACUGUGCCACACCAAAGGCUCUUACAUAAGCUGAAAAAAAUAGGGAUCGGUGGCAACUUCCUUAAAUGGAUCAAAAACUUCCUUGUGGGUCGACAGCAGGUUGUGUGCGUCGGUCGGGGAAAAUCAGAUCCGGCUAUGGUCGAUAGUGGUGUCCCCCAGGGUUCAGUUCUGGGACCCAUUUUGUUCCUUAUCUACGUGGACGAUGCCGCAAGAGAUGUAGACUGUGAAGUAGCAAUGAUUGCGGAUGGCAUGAAGAUAUGGAUUGUAAUUUGGGGUCCUGCCGACGAUGACAGACUGCAAAUAAACCGGAGUCGGUUGGAGGAGUGGUCAAGCAGUUGGCUCCUGCGGUCCAACGUUGCCAAAUGUAGCAUACUUCUCCUAGGCAACACAGCUAGAUCCGCCAGCACAAGAGACUACUUUCUGGGCGGUGCAGCCCUACAAGAGGUCGAAGCCCAAAGGAACCUUGGUGUGCUUACGACGAGUUCCCUAAAACCAUCCGCCCACUUUUCGAGAGUGGCAAAAAGCGCAAUGUCCGUACUGUACGCCAUCAAGCGUGCGUAUAUGGACUUUGACGAAGAAGCUUUCUCUAAGACAUUCGGAACAUUCGUCCUGCCGCAUUUAGAGUACGGCAUACAAGCUUGGAGGCCGUGGGCUGUUGAGGAUCAAAACUGCCUCGAAAGAGUCCAGAGGAGGGCCACGAAGAUGGUUAGGGGUCAAAGCUCCUUUCCUUAUGCAACCCGCCUAGUAAAUCUGAACCUCUUUCCUUUGAGUUACAGGCAACUUCGCGGAGAUCUCUUGCAAGCCUUCCACAUUGUAAAGGGGUUGGUUUGCAGUCUGGCCUUCGAAGACUUUUUUGAAUUUGCUACCACGACCAACCUCCGAGGUCACCCGUAA